AGUGACGCAUCCGCAAUGGCUGGCAAAUGUCGCCUACACGUCCUCCUGCUCUUUGCUAGUUUUGGUCCAGUUGUCGGUAAACCUCAAUGGAUGUUACCUCAGUUCCCUUGCGACGUCAGGGUCCGGAACAGCUCGGAGAUCAUAUUUGACUGCGAACAGCGCAGACUGCAAAAAAUACCAUAUGGGAUAACGAGCAACGCAACAGUGCUGAACUUAUCAGAAAAUCUGAUCAAGCAUAUUAAGUAUAAUUCCUUUUCCGACCUACUGAACCUCACUCGGAUCAACCUGAGCUGGGCGAACAGAGAGCAGUCAGUGAAGAUUGAUGACAACACGUUCAGAAACUUGACCAAGCUGCGUGUGCUGCAGCUGAAUGGCAACUGCCUGACUGCACUCCCUGUGGCACUCCCGCCCGGUUUGAUUAGCCUCGAGCUAAACAGCAACGUCAUUUUGUCUUUGGAUAGCAGCAGCCUGAUCGGACUCCCAAAUGUCACCAAACUGUGGCUGUCCAAGAACUGCUACUACUGGAAUCCCUGUGGGACGAACAUGAACAUCGCAGAAGACAGUUUUGCGGCAAUGACCAAACUAGUGAACUUGGACUUGUCUUUCAACAACCUGACCAAAGUUCCCAAAGGUCUUCCCUCGUCAUUGGCCUUGCUGAAGCUGGCGUCCAAUUAUAUUCAGGACAUAUUUGAAUAUGAUUUCCGUGGCAUGAAACAGUUGGAAGUCCUCAAGAUAGAAGGGAACUGUCCCAGAUGUCAAAACGCUCCCUAUCCUUGUGUUCCCUGUAAAAACGAGUCUAUUGCCAUUCACGCGAACGCAUUUAACGAUCUCGUGAAGCUGCGAAAACUGAAUUUGGGAGGAAACUCACUGACCAACAUAAACCCAUCCUGGUUCAAGAAUCUAACUGAACUGAAAGAACUGUUCAUUUCGUUUAACUUCUUAGAAACCGUUAUAACCGGGGAUGCUACGUUUCUUACGCACAUACCUAAACUUGAAAAACUCGAUCUCUCCUUCAACUUUUUACUAAAGAUCUAUCCCCAAACAUUAAAACUUUCCAAGUAUUUCUCACAUCUAGUGUCACUCAGAACUUUACAUUUGGCAGGUUUAGUCUUCCAGGAAAUUGGAACGGACACACUUAAACCUCUUUACGACCUCAAAAACCUGUCCGCACUGAACCUGGGGACCAACUUUAUCAUUAAUUCAGAUUCCAGCAUAUUUAGCAAAUUCUCAAACCUGAAGAUGAUAUACCUUGCAGAAAACCGUCUCUAUCCAACUAAGGUGAGAAGUGUGAUGCAUUCAAACGAGGGCUACAAUUCGGUUUCGAUAUCCACGUGGCACCACCCGCAGGACUUUGAGAUAUCGCACAGCCUUAUCAAACAGGAGUGUUACGAUUCCGGGCGAGUGCUGAGCCUCAGCUCCAACAAUCUGUUUUUCAUCUCGCCGAAUCAGUUUGAAGGCUACGUCAACAUCACGUGCCUCAACCUCUCCGGGAAUGGAUUCUCAUCGGCGCUCAACGGCACAGAGUUCACCUCCAUCCCAACGCUGACUUAUCUGGACUUGUCCUUUAACAAGCUCGAUCUGGCCUACGACUAUGCCUUCAGUGAGCUAAAAAAAUUACAAGUACUGGACAUUAGUUAUAAUUCGCACUACUUUCAGGCCUACGGCAUAACACAUAAUCUCCACUUUUUGCAAAAACUGCCUGUCCUGAGAGUGUUGAACAUGAGUCACAACUCUAUUUCCACAUUGACAACAAAACACAUGUACAGCAAAUCAUUGUCAGAACUUCAGUUUCAAAACAACCAUUUAGGGAAUCUGUGGAAAGAAAGGGAUCCCUCAUAUUUAGCACUAUUCAGCAAUCUAACAAAUUUGACCAUAUUAGACAUAUCCUACAAUUAUAUCACCAAACUUCCCGACAACGUUUACGAGUUUUUUCCCAAAAACCUGACGGUACUACGCAUAAGUCACAAUUCCCUCUCAGUUUUCAGAUGGGACAAGUUAAGCCAUUUCCUUCACCUUCAAAGUCUGGACCUGAGCUUCAAUGUCAUCUCCGAUGUCACGGGCAUGAACUUCAAUGGCACCAACAUGUUGACCCACCUGGACCUGAGUCACAACAGGAUCUACCACUUGGAAGACGGCUUUUUGAAAGGCGCCAAAAGCCUCAGGACUCUUUCCCUCAGCAACAACAUGCUGACCCUCAUCAAUCAGUCCACCUUCCAGCUGAGCCCCGAAUCUCCAAUCCAAAACCUGUUACUCGGGAACAACCCGUUUCAGUGUACCUGCCACAUGUUGGACUUCAUUCUGUGGAUUGAAACGAGCGCCGUGCGCAUCCCCCGACUGACCACGGACGUCACGUGUGACGCUCCGGAAAAGGAGAAGGGCCGCGCGCUUAUCUACUUUGACAUCAAUCAGUGCGUGAAUGGCAGUUACGCCUUCCCGCUCUUUUUGUUAACGAGUUCCUUCAUUAUUGUGUUCAUGUUUGUGGUGACCAGCGCUCACUUAUUUUACUGGGACGCUUCCUACAUUCUGCACUACGCGAAAGCCAAACUGAUGGGGUACAAAUCCCUAAAGUCGGGGCGCAAUGUUUACGACGUCUUUGUGACUUACGACACCAAAGAUCCGCACGUCUCCGAGUGGGUGAUGGGGAACCUCAGGGUGAAGCUGGAAGAGGAGGGCGAAAAGCAUCUUCCUCUGUGCCUGGAGCAGAGGGACUGGAUUCCCGGAGUGCCGCUCAUGGAUAACCUCCUCCAGAGCAUCCGGCAGAGCCGCAAGACCAUGUUUGUCUUGACCGAGGGCUACGUGAAGACCGGGGUCUUCCGGCUGGCCAUGUACCUGGCCCAUCAGCGGCUGCUGGACGAGAACGUGGACGUGAUCGUGCUGCUGAUGCUGGAGCCCGUGCUGCAGAACUCGUACUUCCUGCGGCUUCGCAGGAGACUGUGCGGGAAGAGCGUGGUGGAGUGGCCCAAAACGCCGGCCGCCGAGCCUUGGUUUUGGCAAAACCUGCGAAAUGUUAUCAGGGUGGACAAUCAGGUCAUGUACAACAAGAACUACUCCGUGUACUUUACCAAUAGUGAACGCCACUUCUCCUACCAACACUCGCUGUGCUUUCCUGUGCGUUGUGCUAAAGCUGACCACGCCAACAUGUCUGACAAACCCGACAUCUCUGAAGUCGAAAAUUUUGACAAGACCAAACUGAAAAAGACUGAGACUCAAGAGAAGAACACACUGCCAACUAAAGAAACCAUUGAGCAGGAGAAGGCAGCGUAAAGACUGACCUGAUGUGCUGUACUUUCCACAAGCCCUUCAACUGAACUCUCACCUGCAAUGGCUGGCCAAACGCCACCCCAUCACUUGGCCGCCAUCACCUUUGUGUCACAGAAGAGUGGCUUGCUCACACAGGUCCGCUGUCUUCUAUUAUUUUUGUGGCAGCAUCUUCAAGGGCAGGAAGAGUGGAACCACACUUCAUGAUGUGCAACCCCUGGAUAUGCUCUCACAGAAAUGUUUUGCUUUUCUUUUUCUUUUUUUUUUGUAAAUCUGGAAUACACUUUUGUUAAAUAUGCAGAAUAAAGUAUAAAGGGUCAA